AUGGCCAGGCUCUCCGGGCUCCAGCGAGAGGUGCUGUCACUUUAUCGCCAAUGUCUCCGCCACAUCCGGCAGAAGCCCGAGGAGUCUAGGGGCAACUUCAAACGCUUUGCCAGGGCUGAAUUCCAGAAGAAUCUCUCGGUGAGCAAGAAAGACUUUAGUACCAUCGAGUAUCUCUUGCGCAGAGGUCGCCGUCAGCUGGAGACAUAUGCUUCUCCGGGUAUUCGCAGUAUCCACUGA